CCAACGCUGCUCUUCUCUUGUCGCUUUGACCUACAUUAAAGACGCCAAGUUUUUCUAUUGUGAUACUAUGGUUGGGAUUGCUUUGCUCUUAUUUUCGCUGGUUUACGCAGAGGCGUUGACACCUGAAGUGCAUUUGUCUCUCUUGACGCAACGAGGUCUUCAAAUCAAAGUUAAAGAUAUACCAGGUUUGCAGGAAGUUGGAUAUCACUACACAAUCAACAAAGUACUUCCGUAUACGAAUGGGGACUAUAAUUAUGAAGUAUAUCAUAAGUCAGGUGAUGGUUUUUGGACACACGAGAACAACAAUGUACAAGUGAAUCCGGGAGAUGGGAUCAGCUAUGCCCUGUAUUUUAAAAUAAACGGAAUUGGUGAAGUUAUCAGCAAUUUGCAUUGGAAAGCUCAGACGGGAACCAGUUCUAGUACAAGCACCAAUAACACCUUUGGUGGCUUAAGCACAGAAUCAGCUUCAGCGAAUAGCCAGCACCCGCUCACAACAACAACAACAAUACCGCAAACUUAUCCAAGUCAAAGCCAGAACAUGAAAUUAAUCUUUUCUGACCAAUUCAAUGGAAACACAAUUGAUAAAACUAAAUGGAAGCACGACGUGUCGGCAUUUGGAGGCGGAAACUGGGAGUGCCAGAUAUACUCUCCUGAACCAGCCAACAGUUACGUUAGGGAUGGUGUGUUGUAUUUACUACCGACACUAACAUCAGAUAAAUUUGGUGAGGAUUUUCUCUACCACGGUGUGCUUGAUGUUCAGCAGCAAUGGGGAAUUUGUACAAAAAAGGAGUUUUAUGGUUGUCGAAGGGACUCUAAAGACGCCAUUAUCCCGCCCAUAAUGUCUUCUAAACUGAUUACUAAUGAGAAAUUCAGUUUCAAGUACGGUCGAGUGGAGGUGGAAGCGAAAAUGCCUGUAGGGGAUUGGAUAUGGCCAGCUAUCUGGUUGAUGCCAAGAGAUGAACAUUAUGGUGGAUGGCCAAGAUCAGGAGAAAUUGAUAUAGUAGAAACAAGAGGAAAUCGUAACUAUGGCAACAUUGGAAUACAUCAAAUGAUGUCAACACUGCACUGGGGAACAAACUGGGAUCAAGACAGAUGGGGAAUGACGACACAACAUCGGGAUUUGUCUUCUGGAACAUGGGGAGACGAUUUCCAUACAUACUAUAUGGACUGGACUGCUGACCAUAUCAUCUUGGGCGUCGACGGAAAGCCAGUCCUUACAGCAGCCACUCCACCUGGAGGAUACUUUCAGAAGGGUCAUUUUUCAGGCAGUAAUAUUUGGCAGAACGGAGGGAAUGAUGCGCCUUUUGAUCGUGAGUUCUAUUUACAAAUGAAUGUCGCCGUGGGUGGAACAAACGGUUUCUUCCCCGACAAUGUGCAACAUGGCGGCUAUGCCAAACCUUGGUCGAACAAUGAUCCAGAGGCGCCAAAAAAGUUUUAUGAGUCCAGACACCAAUGGAUGCCAACUUGGAAAGGCGAGGAUCCGGCACUUAAAGUCCGUUCGGUCAAAAUAUGGUCCUAUAGUUCCGAUCAUGCCAUGUCGCUUUUUGGCUAAUAUGUCUGGAUUUAUUUGCGAUUAAAAAAACAACAUAUAAACAUAUUGUUCUUUCUUUAUUAUUGGUUGUUUUUUCUAGAAAACUGUAUCGUUAUCGUUUCACCCUAGGCUUUUAACAUAGUAAAUAUUUGCAUGCAAU